UUCCUAGAAUAAAUAAAGAGCAUGUGAAAAAAAGUUUUAAUCACUCUGCUCUUAAAGCCUGGAACGACGUUCCAAUUGAUAUUAGAGAUCUCCCGACUAUUUGUCGCUUUAAAAAACAACUAAAGGAGUACUUGAAGAGCUGACAGAUUGUCUAUUUAAACACGACCCCCUGGUAGAACAGUAUUUUAGAUUGAAAUUAUUAUUUUUUUAAUUGAACAAAUGUAUUUAUACUUAAUUGAUAUUGUGUUAGGGUAGCUGAUAGGUUGAAUCGUGUAAAAAGAAAUAUUGCUACUAUUAUUGUUGUUUGUUCUCCGCGCGUUGCGGUCAUUCCACAUUUUCCACAUGGUUAUGAAACCCGGAAAAGUUAUGAAACAAUAACCAUUUGUUGGCGAUGCUGUUAUUCAAGUAGCGACUGGCACCGUAGAAUCAAAUUGGUGUCAGCUGAUGGUGUGAUCAGACCAACUUUGGACUUAAGGACUUUAAAUUCGCUUUAUUUGCCUUCAAACUUAGUUUUUUUUGUUCUUACUUUUAUCUGCAUUCAAACUUAGUUUAUUUUUAUCUGCGCCCAAGCUCAGUUAUUUCUAAGUUUACGUCCAAGCUAGAUUUCCACGUUUGUGAUUUUAUCAAUCGACUUGAUAUGCAUUAUAUCCUUCAAUUUUUAUGAAGAGACCUUUGAUGUUGCUUAUCAGCGUCAAUAAAUUUUAGGAAGAAUUAUAUCAAUAGUUUCUUGAUGUUAUACUAUAGCAAUACUUCUUUGAUGUUAUCUCUAAUGAUUCAACAGAAAGAUUACCUUAUAACGUGAUCAAUUCACACUAAUAACAAAAACGGAAGCUAAUUAACAGGACAAUACGGACGUCACACUACAUGUUGACAAACAAUCACAUUGCCAUAAAAAGGCGUUCGUUAACACAACAGGACUUAUCUGACCAGGUGACUUUAACACGCAACGGGAACAUUACUAAACUGAUUACAUAUAAAAGCCAAACCGUUACAAUGUACUACAGUUGCUUGCAGACAAUUAAUCCCAACUCUUUGAACAUUUCAUACCUCCAGCCAAAAAUUUAUCUAAAUAGGCUUAUACUUUGUUGAAGUGUUCUAACAAUUUUGGCAAGCAUUGUACCAUAUGCUAUUCAUAUUGAGGUAGAGAGAAAUUGCUAUUCAUAAAGCGCUAUACAUGAGAUAAGAGCAAUUGGGGGUCAUUUGUAACAGAACAACAAAUGUGUUAGAUAUAACACAAACAUAAAGUGAUGCUUACUUUGUUUGCUACAUCAAGAGCAUCAUAAUCUGAUGCUAGUCGGACAUAUGCUUUCUUUUGCCCAUCAGGUUCAUACUAAAAGAAACUCAAGACAAUUGUUCAUGUAAAAUUGUUCUUGUAAAAUGUGUGUAUUUAUGGAGUUUAGUCGAAAGUAAGCGCUUGCUUCUGAAGCAGCUGUGUGUAGCAUUGAAGUGUGGUUUAUGAGUGCGCCCUUAGGAAAUGGAUUCUUGAAAUAAUUCGUGUUUAGUAAGACCUCGCUUGCCUGAUAUCGGUACCAAACCGGCAUUUAAUGACUCCUUGUGAUAUAUUUUGCUUCUAUGACCCUGUUUACACUAGACCAGGCGUUUACACAGGAUUCGAUCCAUAAGCAUUUGCAUUUACACGAGAUCGGAUCCAGAUGGUGGGCACUAAAUGUCAUGGCCUAUUUGGUGCUCAUUGAUAUUCAUGCUUGAUCAUGUUCAGUCUGAUUGGUCUGAUCGGUAUCAUUUGCGUUGCUUGGUGAUUGCUGAAAAGUGAUAUCAAUGUUUGCUUGGCACCAAACUUUAAAUGGCUAUCUGUUGCCACACAACGCAAUACAUAUUCAAAGUAUCUCGAAUUGACAAUUAUUACUCGGGAACCGGUCCAGAUCGGAUCCAUACGGAUCACUUCUGAAACCUAUCCCAAGAGUGUUCGGAUAGCAGAUCCAAAAGUAUACGAAUCCACCAGUUCCCAUGUAAACGCAAGGCCUUUCCGAGCUGAAUCGUAUCUGCUCCCGUAUAAACGGGGUCCUCCGUCUACACGAAGUCGGUACCAUGCAGGUGUGAUAUGCGUUUCGUCAACCUUUGUGCAAAACGGCCCAGGUACAAAAAACGUGUGGUAAUUUUGGUUAUGCAAAAACGUACCCAAGCCUUUAAACAAUUGGGAACAAAAACGAAUGGUGGAGUUUAGCAUGCAUUUCGGUCCGGUUACAAAAACGCAUGACAAAUUUUGUUACACAAAAAUGUACCCAAGCCUUUAAAGGCUCUUGCGCUGCCGGCAUGCUUUGCGACUAUAAAACCGGUCUUAUACCAUACUGCAUUAAAAUAUAAAACACAGUCAACUUCUCCUCUUUUUUUUAUUAUUAUUAUUAUUAUCAUUAUUAUUAUUAUUAUUAUUAUUUUUAUUAUUAUUAUAAUUAUUAUUUUCUAAAUUAUCAUGUCAUCUGACUAUAACUGACUUGCCAAAAACAUGGAUUGUUGAAAACCUUGACAAUCUUGUUACAAAAUAUGUCAGGCAAUGGCUUGAUCCUUCCAAUCAGUUCUACAAUCAGUUGUAUCAUUCUUCCUAAAAGGAGUUUUGGUCUUAACUUUCAGCUUCCAUCUUGCAAAUUCCUGCAGUACUAAGUCACCUAUCGACGGUCUCCAAAGCACUCGAAACAUGACCAAAUCAAACAUCUUUGGCAAAACACCUCAUACGGAAAGAAUAUCCAACAUGAUCAAUACAUAAACACGAAAGUAGUUUUGAGAAAAAUAAGAAGCCAGCACGAAGACAAAGUAAAAAACCAGCUCGCGAGCCAAGGAACUAUAAUCUCCUUUCUGCUAGGGAAUUCUCUGAAACAUUUCAAUAGCCUCUGGUCGACUGCACAAAGCUCUUUGCCUAAAAACAUAUUUAACUUCUUGAUAAGAUACCUCAACAACACGCUUGCCACUAGAAAUAAUCUCUUUAAAUGGAACUUAUCUGAAACUUCCAGUUGUUCUUUUUGCCUCCUUCCAGAAACGCUGCUUUAUGUCGUAGCUAGCUGUAAGACAUACCUUGAAGAUGGACGCUACAUCUGGAGACAUGACUCCGCACUAAACUUUCUGGUCAAAAACAUACAGCAUCUCUCCAACACAUUAUGUGCUAAUCUUUCCUCUCAGCUUACCCCAUCCAUUAUAACAGGUGAUUCUUUGCGACCUGAGCUGCUACUGAUUGCUUCAAGGAAAAUCAUUUACAUCAUUGAACUUACAGUUGGCUUUCAGACAAAUCUUAAUGUUAAUAGUUCUCGCAAAAAAGAUGUGUAUAAAUCUCUUUUUAAAACUCUUAGCAGUUCGUCCAAGUCCGUUAAAUUUGUUAACCUCUCAAUUAGUUCUCUUGGCAUCUUUGGGCAAUCAUGCUCUACUUUCACAGAUAUGCUGGACGAUCUCGGUGUUGAAAAUUUUCUUCGUCGCUACAUCUAUCUUGGUUUAUCAAAGGUCAUAAUUCGAUGCAACUGCUUUAUAUUCUGUCGUAGAAACAAACCUUGGCCUAACCCAGAGCUUCUUUCCAUCUAGCAUUCUAUCUCCACCUAUACCACCAUCACUACAAUCAAUAUUGCCAUCAUCAACAUCGUCGCUACUUUUGUCAUCCUCAUAAGCAUUAUCAACAUCGUCACCAUCAUUACAUCAUCAUGCUUAUAUUUAUGCUGUGUACAACCGCUUUUUUUCUUUGCACUUGUAAUAGUUAUUUUCAAUGUAAAUGUGCCACAUACAAACUACCUUGUAAUAGUGAGGUUUGUAAGUGUUAUGUUUUUCAAAAUGAAAUGACAACUGGUUUAGAAUUAAUUAUUGUUAUUAUUAUUAUUAUUAACAAUUUCUUUUACGUUGGCAAGAAAGAACAACAAAUAAAUAUAGCUAAUAAGCUAAUUUACGCCAACAAAAUAUUUUAAAACCUACUUUACAAUGUCCAUACCAAAACCUACAAAAAUCUCUAGAUCAUUAAUGAAAAUUUCGCACAAUCUGUAGAUGCAAGCAUUUCCAUGCCAUAAUUUUAUUUUUCGUUUGAACUCAACUAGUGUGUUGGAAUCUUUAAUUUCCCGUGGUAAUGAGGACCACAAAUAGUGACCUCUGUACUGAAUAUUCUCUAUUCCGUAUGUUGUCUGUCGGCACAUGUUGUCUUCACUUUUGGCAACUGCAAAUGAUUUUCACCUCUUAGAUUGUAUAGAAUAUCUCUCUCAGUAAAAGUGUUUUUCAUAAAUGUUGGUUUUGAUUGUUUUUUGUUUUGAAUAUCUCAAAUCAGAAUCUAAGAUAUAAUUUACUCAGCUGGCUUUUUGAUUACUUUAUGGUUUAGUUGCCACCAGUAACACCAUACUUCCUACGCGUAUUUUGUGUUCUAAGUUAGAAAGAAUGUCGAAUGAGAAAGCGUAUAUAUGUAAAAUUUUCGUAAAGUCGGUUUUGAAUGACACAAUAUUGCUGCAAUAUUCGGUAACUUUCUCCUCAGUAAUAUUCUAUCUAACUGUUAUCUUGCUUGCAAGAGUCUUUACAGCGCACACGUCUGAUCUCUUGGCAGAACACAGUUCAUUGCUAGCCAAGAGUGAUACUGCGCAGGAGAUUUAUCAAGAAACGGACAUGAAAUGCAUAUGCGAUAUUUGCUUUGCUGAAAACUUAAUCUGUUCGCAAAUAUUUUCUUAGAUACCUUAAAAGGUUGUUCAACGUUGGUGCUUAUCGAUAAGAACAUUUGCUUCCUAGACGCAAGUUAAAUCAAAUUGACAAGUGUCUCAUUGUUUGAAGAAAUGAGAUUUUUUCCUCGAUUUUGACCCGUGCUGUUUACAUUCACUGCUGCGUCAAAGCAUUCUGGUCAAUAUAUAUGUUUUAUCUUCAUAUGUGGCUUGGACAACGGUGAAUAGUAUCUCUUUGCAAUACAGUUGACAUGCUGCUUGAAAUUGGUUGUUUUCUCAGCUUACCUAAAGCUUUUUCUAUUAACUUAAACGGACCACCAGAAAUGCAAUCAGACACUCGCCAUGUAUACGUUUGUUAACUGUCAGCGGAUGAUCCACACCUGUCGCUAUUCAUAUUAAUGCUAAAUGACGACUGGGUUACGUCAGAUGAAUUUUGGACAUUACCAAUCAGGAUGGUGACCCAAGUAUUUUGGUCCUUCACAUUUACUGCUAUAAUUCAAAUUCGUGGUUUUUCAGUGGUAUGGGACACUAACAUGGGACAAUAUCCAUCUGCAUGGCAGACAAUUUUAGGCGGUGACUACAGGCAUUACAAUCUGCUUGCUUUGCUUAAUGUUCAGUCACUCGAAAAAGAUUUUCGUUGGAGAUCAAAACAUCUGAAUGUUGGAGAUGGUGUUAUCCUUGUAGAAGCCACACGAUAUGCAAUUAAUCGGGUAAACAUGCUUGGCUUCCUUAGGCUGCCACUGUCGUUUCAAAUAACUGAUUGCAGAGAAUCCCGUGCACCUUUUUCAACCUAUCAAGACAUCUUGGUUUUAAACGGACUGACGUCAUGGCAAACGACAUACUAUUUGAUUACGAAUACGGUGGCAACUGCGCCGAUGGCCAAUGUGCUGGCGUCUAGUGAAGCAUUUGAUCAUGUCAUGAAGCCAGAAGUGUCAAGGAAAUUUAAAAUGGAUGAGAUACAUCGUAACGUGUUUCGUACCGUCCCAUCUGAUGCCUUGGAGAACGAGGCUAUUGUUGAUAUUUUAGAAAGACUGAAUUGGACCUACAUUUCCGUUGUCAGUUCCAAUGAUUUGCGCACACAGCAAACUGUGGAGAACUUUGCGGCUCUUGCGUACCAAAGAGGAAUCUGUAUUUCACAGACCAUCUGGAUUUCAGACAAGCCGAGUAGAAAUGAAUACGUUGAUGCUGCAAUCAAGUUAACAAGGGGAGACUCAGCCAAAAUUGUCGUGCUUGUCACAAUGUUGCAUGAAGCGAUGGGAGUUCUAAAUGCGGUUAAAAAUAAUGAUGGAAAUUUGACUUUUAUUGCUGGCACUGGCUUCCGCGCAAAUUUGCAUGAUUUGAGAGUUAAGAAAGAAUCAGUGAAAGGCUUGCUUCAUUUGCAACAUGCAGAUACCUACGAUAAAGGCUUUGAGCAAUAUUUUAUGAAUUUAAAGUUCGGCACCAACAAGUAUCGUUGGUUUGGAGAAUUCUGGAGCAUGCUUUUCAAUUGUAGCAUUCCGUAUAGAUAUAAGUCACUUAGUAGCAGUUUAAGUGACAAGAGACCUCGUUGCACUGGCAUCGAAGAUCUUCAUGAGGUGGAUGUAGAUUUAAAGUAUUCAUUAGUCAAGCCAAUUUUGAAUGCUGUGGAUUCAUUUGGAUGUGCUUUGAAAGAAAGCGAGGCACAUGCUAACUGCUCAGUUACAAGCAGAACUUGUAGAGAAACUAUUAUGAAAAACUCUGUCAAAUUCUUUGGGAAAAGAAAAUGCAAACUAUCUGAUUCGAUUGCAGUGAAUGAACAAGGCUUUAACUACAAAGAUUUCCUAAUUUUGAACUUUAACGGCUCGAUGUACAAAGAAAUUGGUAAGUGGACAUAUGAUGUAACCAGUCGAAAAAGUUCAUUGAAUCUAUCCAGAGAGGAUGUGGUAUGGAGCAAUGAUGUUAUGCCUUUGUCAACUUGCUACAAGCCCUGUCCUAAUGGUUUUGUAAAAGACCGUGGCUCAGCAGGAAAUAUCUGUUGCUUCACUUGCUCGAAAUGCGGCAAAAAUGACAUUGUCUCUAAUGACACGUGUGUUACAUGCCCUUUAUAUGAAGUUCCAAACUGGUCGAAAACCAGUUGUGACAAAUUGCCGUCAAUUUUCGUCGAUUCUCAGUAUGGUUACCGAUUAAUACUUAUAAUUGGAAGCACUAUGGGUAUUGUUUUAAACACGGUGACGAUUGGUACGUUUGUUUGGUUCAGAGAUCGGAAAGUAAUCAAGGCAACUGGAGUAGAGCUUAGCCUGUUUAUACUUGUAGCUCUGUACCUCUGCUUCGUUUGUCCGUUUGUCUUUGUCCUAAGACCAUCUGUUAUUGUGUGUGGAAUUCAGCGAUUCAUCAUGAGUCUGAGCCUCAAUGCUAGCUACAUUCCUCUGCUUUUGAAAACAAGCCGUAUCUACCGCAUUUUCAAGGCUUCUAAAUCUCUUGUUUUAAAGCCUAGUUUUGUUAGUACAAAAUCGCAGCUUUUGAUAUGCAUUUUCAUAAUAUGCAUACAGUUAUUGCUUGGCAUCGUUUGGGUAGCUGGAGAUAGGCCAAAGGUUCGUUUGGAAGUUAGUUCAAAGGGGAAUCAGCUUAGUGUUCUUUGCAGAUCUGACCCAGCCAACGCGGCUCUGAAUCUUCUUCCAUGCGUUGUGGUGAUGGGUGCAUGUACUUUUUUUGGAUAUAAGACUCGCAAUUUCCCUUCAAAUUUCAACGAGGCAUUCAGCAUUUCCAUCACAAUGUAUAUCAGCUGUUUCCUCUGGUCAAUGUUUAUCCCAUUGCUGUUUCUCUUCGACUUGAAAAGAGACAAUGCAUUUGUUACAGCUUUUCUCACCUCGUAUUUUAUGAUAAUUCUUGGUUUGGUUAUGCUGGCUGGUAUUUUUGGAACUAGGAUACUGAAAAUUUACAUGAGCAAAGAUUUUACACCGGAACAAGGCCAAAUGUUCCUAUGGAAUGUUGGAAAGACUGGUAAGCAAACAAGAAGUGAUGUGGCUAGAUUAGCGAAGACUGAAACAGAUUUUGUAGAACUUGCUCCUGUUUUUUACAAGGAUAAUUUUAAUGGAAAAAAUGUUCAGUGCAAUAUAAACAAUAACAGGAAAAGAUGUAGUAGUUUCUAAUGUUAAGAAAAGCUUCUUAUUUAUCUAGAAAUUGUAGUAUGAUAUUGUCUAUUCGAUAUCUGUCGCAUAUUUGUUGUACAGGGUCUUAACGAUUUUGGUGUAUAGAAUAUGACGGUUUAGAGUUGAUACUCCGAGUUUCAUGAUCAAAUUUUAUAAUAUCUAGUUGUUAUGUCCCUGGAGGUAUUGGCUCCUGAACCCCUUUCGAUUAUUUUGCUGCUCUGUUUGGCCUAUAACUUUAAAUUCGCUUUAUCUGCCUUCAAACUUAGUUUUUUUUUGUUCUUACUUUUAUCUGCAUUCAAACUUAGUUUAUUUUUAUCUGCGCCCAAGCUCAGUUAUUUCUAAGUUUACGUCCAAGCUAGAUUUCCACGUUUGUGAUUUUAUCAAUCGACUUGAUAUGCAUUAUAUCCUUCAAUUUUUAUGAAGUGACCUUUGAUGUUGCUUAUCAGCGUCAAUAAAUUUUAGGAAGAAUUCUAUCAAUAGUUUCUUGAUGUUAUACUAUAGCAAUACUUCUUUGAUGUUAUCUCUAAUGAUUCAACAGAAAGAUUACCUUAUAACGUGAUCAAUCCACACUAAUAACAUAAACGGAAGCUAAUUAACAGGAUAAUACGGACGUCACACUACAUGUUGACAAACAAUCACAUUGCCAUAAAAAGGCGUUCGUUAGCACAACAGGACUUAUCUGACCAUGUGACUUUAACACGCAACGGGAACAUUACUAAACUGAUUACAUAUAAAAGCCAAACCGUUACAAUGUAUUACAGUUGCUUGCAGACAAUUAAUCCCAACUCUUUGAACAUUUCUGUUGCCAAUUUCAUACCUCCAGCCAAAAAUUUAUCUAAAUAGGCUUAUACUUUGUUGAAGUGCUCUAACAAUUUUGGCAAGCAUUGUACCAUAUGCUAUUCAUAUUGAGGUAGAGAGAAAUUGCUAUUCAUAAAGCGCUAUACAUGAGAUAAGAGCAAUGGGGGUCAUUUGUAACAGAACAACAAAUGUGUUAGAUAUAACACAAACAUAAAGUGAUGCUUACUUUGUUUGCUACAUCAAGAGCAUCAUAAUCUGAUGCCAGUCGGACAUAUGCUUUCUUUUACCCAUCAGGUUCAUACUAAAAGAAACUCAAAACAAUUGUUCAUGUAAAAUUGUUCUUGUAAAAUGUGUGUGUUUAUGGAGUUUAGUCGAAAGUAAGCGCUUGCUUCUGAAGCAGCUGUGUGUAGCAUUGAAGUGUGGUUUAUAAGUGCGCCCUUAGGAAAUGGAUUCUUGAAAUAAUUCGUGUUUAGUAAGACCUCGCUUGCCUGAUAUCGGUACCAAACCGGCAUUUAAUGACUCCUUGUGAUAUAUUUUGCUUCUAUGACCCUGUUUACACGAGACCAGGGAUUCACACAGGAUUCGAUCCAUAAGCAUUUGCGUUUACACGAGAUCGGAUCCAGAUGGUGGGCACUAAAUGUCAUGGCUCAUUUGGUGCUCAUUGAUAUUCAUGCUUGAUCAUGUUCAGUCUGAUUGGUCUGAUCGGUAUCAUUUGCGUUGCUUGGUGAUUGCUGAAAAGUGAUAUCAAUGUUUGCUUGGCACCAAACUUUCAAUGGCUAUCUGUUGCCACACAACGCAAUACAUAUUCAAAGUAUCUCGAAUUGACAAUUAUUACUCGGGAACCGGUCCAGAUCGGAUCCAUACGGAUCACUUCUGAAACCUAUCCCAAGAGUGUUCGGAUAGCAGAUCCAAAAGUAUACGAAUCCACCAGUUCCCAUGUAAACGCAUAGCCUUUCGGAGCUGGAUCGUAUCUGCUCCCGUAUAAACGGGGUCCUCCGUCUACACGAAGUCGGUACCAUGCAGGUGUGAUAUGCGUUGCGGUAACCUUGUGCAAAACGGCCCAGGUACAAAAAACGUGUGGUAAUUUUGGUUAUGCAAAAACGUACCCAAGCCUUUAAACAAUUGGGAACAAAAACGAAUGGUGGAGUUUAGCAUGCAUUUCGGUCCGGUUACAAAAACGCAUGACAUAUUUUGUUACACAAAAAUGUACCCAAGCCUUUAAAGGCUCUUGCGCUGCCGGCAUGCUUUGCGACUAUAAAACCGGUCUUAUACCAUACUGCAUUAAAAUACCAAACUUCUCCUCUUUUUAUUAUUAUUAUUAUUAUUUUUAUUUAUAUUUUUAUUAUUAUCAUUAUUUUUAAUAUUUUCUAAAUUAUCAUGGCAUCUGACCAUAACUGACUUGCCAAAAACAUGGAUUGUUGAAAACCUUGACAAUCUUGUUACAAAAUAUGUCAGGCAAUGGCUUGAUCCUUCCAAUUGGUUCUACAAUCAGUGGUAUCAUUCUCCCUAAAAGCAGUUUUAGUCUCAACUUUCAGCUUCCAUCUUGCAAAUUCCUGCAGUGCUAAGUCACCUAUUGACGGUCUCUAAAUCACUCGAAACAUGAUCAAAUCAAACAUCUUUGGCAAAACCCCUCAUACGGAAAAAAUAUCCAACAUGAUCAAUAUAUGAACACGAAGGCAGUUUUGAAAGAUAUUAGAAGCCAGCACAAAAACAAACUAAAAAACCAGCUCGCGAGCCAAGGAACUAUAAUCUCCUUUCUGCUAGGGAAUUCUCUGAAACAUUUCAAUAGCCUCUGGUCGACUGCACAAAGCUCUUUGCCUAAAGACAUAUUCAAGUUCUCGAUAAGAUACCUCAACAACACGCUUGCCACUAGGAAUUAAUCUCUUUAAAUGGAACUUAUCUGAAACUUCCAGUUGUUCUUUUUGCCUCCUUCCAGAAACACUGCUUCAUGUCGUAGCUGGCUGUAAGACAUACCUUGAAGAUAGACGCUACAUCUGGAGACAUAACUCCGCACUAAACUUUCUGGUCAAAAACAUACAGCAUCACUCCAACACAUUUUUAUAUGCUGAUCUUCCCUCUCAUCUUACCCCAUCCAUUAUAACAGGUGAUUCUUUGCGACUUGACCUGCUACUGAUUGCUUCAAGGAAAAUCAUUUACAUCAUUGAACUUACAGUUGGCUUUCAGACAAAUCUUAAUGUAAAUAGUUCUCGCAAAAAAGAUGUGUAUAAAUCUCUUUUUAAAACUUUUAGCAGUUCGUCCAAGUCCGUUAAAUUUGUUAACCUCUCAAUUAGUUCUCUUGGCAUCUUUGGGCAAUCAUGCUCUAUUUUCACAGAUAUGCUGGACGAUCUCGGUGUUGAAAAUUUUCUUCGUCGCUACAUCUUUCUUGGUUUAUCAAAGUUCAUAAUUCGAUGCACCUGCUUUAUAUUCUGUCGUAGAAACAAACCUUGGCCUAACCCAGAGCUUCUUUCCAUCUAGCAUUCUAUCUCCACCUAUCCCACCAUCACUACAAUCAAUAUUGCCAUCAUCAACAUCGUCGCUACUUUUGUCAUCCUCAUAAGCAUUAUCAACAUCGUCACCAUCAUUACAUCAUCAUGCUUAUAUUUAUGCUGUGUACAACCGCUUUUUUUCUUUGCACUUGUAAUAGUUAUUUUCAAUGUAAAUGUGCCACAUACAAACUACCUUGUAAUAGUGAGGUUUAUAAGUGUUAUGUUUUUCAAAAAGAAAUGACAACUGGUUUAGAAUUAAUUAUUGUUAUUAUUAUUAUUAACAAUUUCUUUUACGUUGGCAAGAAAGAACAACAAAUAAAUAUAGCUAAUAAGCUAAUUAACGCCAACAAAAUAUUUUAAAACCUACUUUACAAUGUCCAUACCAAAACCUACAAAAAUCUCUAGAUCAUUAAUGAAAAUUUCGCACAAUCUGUAGAUGCAAGUUUUUCCAUGCCAUAAUUUUAUUUUUCGUUUGAACUCAACUAGUGUGUUGGAAUCUUUAAUUUCCCGUGGUAAUGGGGACCACAAAUGGUGACCUCUGUACUGAAUAUUCUCUAUUCCGUAUGUUGUCUGUCGGCACAUGUUGUCUUCACUUUUGGCAACUGCAAAUGAUUUUCACCUCUUAGAUUGUAUAGAAUAUCUCUCUCAGUAAAAGUGUUUUUCAUAAAUGUUGGAUUUAGAUUGUUUUUUGUUUUGAAUAUCUCAAAUCAGAAUCUAAGAUAUAAUUUACUCAGCUGGCUUUCUGAUUACUUUAUGGUUUAGUUGCCACCAGUAACAUCAUACUUCCUACGCGUAUUUUGUGUUCUAAGUUAGAAAGAAUGUCGAAUGAGAAAGCGUAUAUAUUUAAAAUUUUCGGUUUUGAAUGACACAAUAUUGCUGCAAUAUUCGGUAACUUUCUCCUCAGUAAUAUUCUAUCUAACUGUUAUCUUGCUUGCAAGAGUCUUUACAGCGCACACGACUGAUCUCUUGGCAGAACACAGUUCAUUGCUAGCCAAGAGUGAUACUGCGCAGGAGAUUUAUCAAGAAACGGACAUGAAAUGCUUAUGCGAUAUUUGCUUUGCUGAAAACUUAAUCUGUUCGCAAAUAUUUUCUUAGAUACCUUAAAAGGUUGUUCAACGUUGGUGCUUAUCGAUAAGAACAUUUGCUUCCUAGACGCAAGUUAAAUCAAAUUGACAUGUGUCUCAUUGUUUGAAGAAAUGAGAUUUUUUCCUCGAUUUUGACCCGUGCUGUUUACAUUCACUGCUGCGUCAAAGCAUUCUGGUCAAUAUACAUGUUUUAUCUUCAUAUGUGGCUUGGACAACGGUGAAUAGUAUCUCUUUGCAAUACAGUUGACAUGCUGCUUGAAAUUGGUUGUUUUCUCAGCUUACCUAAAGCUUUUUCUAUUAACUUAAACGGACCACCAGAAAUGCAAUCAGACACUCGCCAUGUAUACGUUUGUUAACUGUCAGCGGAUGAUCCACACCUGUCGCUAUUCAUAUUAAUGCUAAAUGACGACUGGGUUACGUCAGAUGAAUUUUGGACAUUACCAAUCAGGUUAGCUUCAUAUUUUUUUACGGUUGAGAUCGAUUUUUAAAGCUAUUCUCUUGACAAUUAUUAAUGCAAAUUCUAAUUUAUUUACUUUUUAAAAAAUCUUAUCUUGUUAGUCAUAGAUUAUAUUAUUUCUCAUUAAAACUUUUUAUUUUGAUCAUACUGGUCUCCUGUGUAAUUCAGCCAAGAAUUAUGAUAUGUGUGUAUUUUAGUAUGGUAAAAACCUUUUUUCUUAUCCUUUAGGAUGGUGACCCAAGUAUUUUGGUCCUUCACAUUUACUGCUAUAAUUCAAAUUCACGGUUUUUCAGUGGUAUGGGACACUAGUAUGUAUCUUUUGUCUACAUUUCAUGAACAAACUCUUUGACUUAACAGCUGUAUUCGAGUGUUCGUUAUAUGAGGUGUAAUCGUGGUAUUGUCUUUUUAUGUCCAAAAAGCAUGAACAGGGUAAAUUUCAUCUUACAGUUUUUUCAGCUUUUGCCUGUUCUUUAAGAAUUGAAGCUGUAGCGUAGAUUAAGAUCUUUAUUCAUUAAAUUUUGUAUUGUUUCAAACGCUAAUGCUGGCUAAUACUUUUGUCUUAGUUAUUAAAUCGUCAGAGCUAGCACUGUUAUUCUGGUUAAUAAAUAGAUGCUGAACAAGAAAAUUGAUUUUGUAACUCAAUACUUUUUCCAUAAGUAUCAAGAAGAUAUCGCUUGUCUGGAGAGCAGUAUAUUGUGAUAUUUCUAAGAGUUUCAUCUUGUUAUAAGAUUCAAUGUACAGCUGCAAAUUGAAGACUUUAGUAACUGCAGUAAUGCUGCACAACGAAUAAGACAAUGGAGCAAGACGAAUAUAAAGCUGUGUGUACAUAGAGAAGAGAUUUUUUCAUUGCAGCCAAAAAUCUAAUUUUUAGCUUCAAACUCAACAUAAAUCACAUUUUACAGUAUAAGACUGUGUGCUCGGCAACUUUCGUCACUGAUCUUUAUUGCAAGUGGCAACUUUUUCUAACGAGACUGAUACAAAGUGUAUCACUUCUCAAUAAUCUAACACACACAGCACGAAAGACUUUUUUUGAUAGUUGAGUUAUUAAAUCUUGAGUCCAAACGGAAUCACUCUGACCAUUGGUUUGAUUUUGUUUUGAGACAGGAGCGCAUUUGACUGCAUGCUAGAAGAUAUUUUCAGAAAAAUUUACCGCUGCCAGAAGCGAAAACAAUUUUAUUUUUAAUUUUGUAAUAUCCUUUCGUCUAGCGAAUUCAAAAAAGAUUAUCAAGGAAUGAUUUAUCUUGCAGCUGCAGUUUUGGAAAGCAAUAUAUUAAAAGUUUUGAACGAAGGAUUAUUUUAUUUAGGGACGUAGAACUAUAAUAUUAGUGUGUUGUUUUUUGUUUGUUAAAACUUUGAUAAUUGUGUCAUCUUUACACAUCAGCUUCAGCUUCAGCUAUUCAGUACAUUUCUAUACCGGCCUACCUCUUAUAAGAAUGCCACGUGAAACUAAC